AUGCUCCUAUCAAGGAAUAGUAAGGUUCCUCCUAGACAACAUGUUCCUUUCUCGUCGCAGGGAACACCUUCCUCAUCGCUCUUGGCGGCUAUCGAACAUUACCCGAGGAUUUUGGGUUAUUGCGUAGCACUGGCGUCUGGUAUCCUGCUCUAUAAGUAUGAUAUAGUUAUCGUGGGAAAUGUUUCCGCUAUGCCGGAGUUUCAACGCGAUUUCGGCCACCGAAUGAACGGAGCACUCAUCAUUCCGUCCUUAUGGCUGAGCCUAUGGGACGUAGCUAGUCCCCUUGGCGGUCUGGUUGGCGCCAUAGCCGCAGGACAGCUACAAGAUCGUGCCGGACGUCGCUUUUGCUUAGCCUUCGCGGCUAUACUGUCAGCAGCUGCAGUUGCAGUCGCGUACAUGUCGAACGUCCCGAAUGAUAUAGACGCCCAUCGAGCAAUCUUUCUAUUCGCAAAGCUUGUGCAGGGUCUCGCCGUUCAUAUGAUCACAUGCACAACCCAAACAUAUAUGUCUGAGAUCUUUCCUCCCGCGCUGCGAGGCCCCAUGCUGGCCUUCUUUCCGAUCUUCAUCCUCCUAGGUCAAUUAAUGGGUAGUGUAGUGGUGUACAAGUCUCUAGAUGUUGCCGGAAGCCGAGGAUAUAAGAAUUGCUUCAUCUCACAGUGGCCAUUCUCCGCGUUGCCUCUGCUAGUUGCAGCUAUUCUCCCCGAAAGCCCGACCUCCCUCAUUAGAAAAGAUCGGAUAAAUGCCGCUCACAAAUCAUUGCGACGACUUGAUUCCGGCCGUAUCGAGUCGCAAAACCGUUUCGAGCAACUACGGCCAUUCAUUGAAAAAGAGGAUCGAGACGCGGCAAGCAAGGCGAUUGGGUACCGUGACUGCUUCGGAGGCGUCGACCGGCGGCGUACCAUGAUCGUCAUGUUUGCGAACCUCAUCCCUUCGUUUUUCGGUCUACCCUUAUUAUCUAAGACCAGCUAUUUUCUGCAGUUAGUCGGCAUGGAGCACCACAGAAGCUUUCUUUUACUACAAGCUGGCAUUGAAUUGGGGCUGGCAGCUAACCUCAUCAGCAUGCAGACCUUGUCCAGAUUUGGCCGUGUGCCUCUGAUUAUUGUCAGCUUAAGCGUCUCGGCCCUCGCCUGGAUGUGUAUGGGGAUUGCCGACUGCUUCCCGGGAACUAUUAGUGUUUGGUACACGGGAAUCACACUAGUCACGGUAAUCGCGGCCUGCGGUAUUGGUGCAUGGCCAGCAUCCUACGCUGUCGGUGGAGAGGCAUCGUCUCUGCGGCUUCGGGCCAAGUCCCAAGGUUUGGGCUGGUUCGUUUCCGGACUCACCAGCGUCGUUUUCAACCUCAUUUUACCGUACAUCUUCAACCCUGAUCAGGGUGCCCUGCGCGGUAAGACCAGUUUUGUAUGUGCGGGCUUCUCGGCCAUUGCCCUCGUGGGAACAUGGCUUUACAUGCCAGAGAUGAAAGAUCGGACGCCCAGCGAGGUUGACGAUAUGUUUGAAGCAGUCGUACCUGCACGGCAGUUCAGAAAUCCAUGGACGGAGAACUUGGGCUCGUCUUUGGCCGAACGAAGUCCGUAA